UCUGAUCAUAGUUACCUCUCUCUCUCUCUCUCUAUCUCUUCACUUCUUCCUAUUAUUUCUCUCUCUAUCUCUAUCCUUCUUCCUCGCUCUUUCUCUCUCAUCGAAGCUGAUCAUAGCGUUCUCUAUCCUCUAGGCUUGAACUUCUAUAUCAUCUAUGGCAGCUGUUGAGGUGGAAUCAGUUCCCGUCCCAUCCGAGCAGGAGACCGCCGCUGCGCCCGCCGCCGACGAGAUUCCCGCCGACUCCCCACCAACCGCCGAAGAGCCCGAACACGUUGAAGAAACCCUCGAAACCCCGCCAGCACCCGAGCCCGAACCAGCCGCCGAGCCCGCUGAAACUCCACUAGAAGAGCCCGCCAAAACCGAGGAAGAAGUCCCACCUGAACCCGCCGCCACUGAAGAGCCGGCCUCCGAAGAGCCCGCUGUAGAGGAACCCGCCGCCUCCGACGAGGUGGCGGCGAAGGAGGAGCCGCCGAAGGCCGCGGAGGAGGAAGUUGAGGCGCCGCCGGCGACUGAGGAGCCGAAGGCUGAAGAAGCGCCCACUGCUGUCACAGAGUAAUGGAGGGAGUUUGAGUGCUUGAUCAGAUUAGUUGUUGUGGGCUUUGCUUAGAAUAAUAAAGGGUGUUAUGGGAAUGAAUGAAUGAAUGAAUGGGUUCCAUUAUUAGUUAAAAGAAUCCUGCAGGGGUUUGUUGUGUGAGUGUCUCUUAGGAUGCAUGCAUGCAUUUGUGAGCUGUUGGGAGUAGUGCUACAUUAUAUGAUCUAUUUUCUAUUUAGUAUUGUUUGUAUUUCUUCUCAUUAAUGAUAGUGGGUUCUCUUUGUUUUAGAA